GGCGUCAAGAUAUUGCACUCUUACGCAGGUCGACCUAGUUUGGCGGGCCUUGCUGACUACUCGCGACUGUUCCCACGCGCUCAAACUCCCCUCCUAUUGGCUCUAGUGCCUCAAAAGCUCCCCUAGGGCUCUGGAUCUAUCGCAAACUAACUAAAAAUGACUAUGGCGUGUGACAAUUUGGAGCGAGACCCGCUGUUCAAGAAGCUGCGGGCAAAGCCGGAGAACAAGGUGUGCUUCGAUUGCCCCAACAAGAACCCGACCUGGGCCUCCGUGCCGUAUGGAGUCUUCAUCUGCCUGAACUGCGCGGGCAUCCAUCGGUCUUUGGGAGUGCACAUCAGCUUCGUGCGGUCCACCACUCUGGACUCCUGGACACAGGAGCAGCUCAAGCUGAUGGCAGCUGGCGGUAACCUGCGCGGGCGCCAGUUCUUCAAGCAGCAUGGGUGGGACGACGUGGGCAGCGACAAGAUCGAGUCCAAGUACACCUCGCGCGCGGCCCAGCUCUACCGUGCCCUGCUGGAGAAGGAGGCAGCUAAGGCCACGGUGCAGACACUGCAGCACAGCAGCCUGUCGGGCCACGAGAAGGAGCGCUCGGACCACGGCGACCUGGCGGACUUCAAGCACAUCGAGCCGGAGGCACCCGCGCCCGCAAGGACGGUGGCCGCGCCGGUUGCUGCGGCCGCCGCUGAACCGGCCGAGGGCGAGGCGGCAGAGGCCAAGGUGGCGGUGCCGAAGCCCAUCACCACAAUCAAGCCCCGCACCACGACCACUGCCAAGAAGACCGGCGGCAAGCUUGGCCUGGGCGUGAAGAAGCUGGAGAGCAAGGUGGACGACUCCAUCUACGCGCAGGCGCCGGCGCCUGAGCCUGUGAAGGUGGAGAACCCGGUGUCCGGCGCACCGGGAACCAGCGCCGCCGGCGCAGCGCCCGCUGCCACUGGGUCGCGAUUCUCCUACGAUGCUCUCACAGCCAACGAGGCGCCGGGGUUGCAACGCGGCAAGGACGGCCACCUGACGAUCGGUGCUGGGUCGGGCGGAUCGGACUUCUUCGCCAGCGCGGGUGCACGGCCAGCCAACCGCUCCGGAGGCGGCGCGCCGCCGGCCCCGGCGGGGGCACCCAAGGUGCAGGAGGAGUCGCUGAAAAAGUUCGCCAACGCGAAAGCGAUUUCGAGCCGCGACUUCCAGGACGCCUCAAACGCGGAGGCGGAGGCGGAGCGCCGGGAUCGGCUGAACAAGUUCUCGGGCGCCAGCGCCAUUUCGUCCGCUGAUUACUUCGGGCGUGCGGACUCGCGCGGAGGCGUUGGCGGCAGCGGCAGCAUGGGCCCGGCGGGGUCGGGUGACCUAGACAUCUCGGCGGCGGACAUUGUCAACCGCCUGUCCUUCCAGGCGAAGCAAGACAUGCAGCAGAUGAAGCAAAUGGCGGCGGCGGCGACCAAAAAGAUUUCGGGCAUGGCCACAAAGCUGCUGGGCGACCUGAACCGGAUGAACGGGUAAAAUGGCGGAUGCUGUUGCGGCGCGGUAUGGAGCUAACACCAAAGAGUCUUACAAGCGGGCACGGAGGCCUCUGAACCCGGAUAAAGUUACCAAGUAGAGGUCAGUGCAUCAGAUACGGAGCCGCAAGCAAGCCAGGUAGGGUCUGCCGGAUGCGUGCUUGACGCGUGUGCUGGGAGCAGCUGUACGCACCCAACCUGGAUGCGGAGCGUUGCGUGGUCAGUAGUAGGACGGAGUUGCCGCGUGGAGGUGUGGUGGAGAGCAAAUGAAGUAGCCGGACGGUGUGUAUUACUGGUGGGAACGGACGGUUGCGCACGCCACAGUUAUCUCUCUGUGGGGACUCUGUCGCGGGCUCGUGUUGUCGGGGGCGGUAUGGCUUGGUAGCUACAAGUGAGGGGCACUGUGUAGGGUGCAUAGGCGAACAGGGCGGACUGCCGGGGUGGCUAGCAAGGGGAAACGUGCGCACAAGUGUGGGACAUGGUUCGUAGCGUUUAAUGCCACCGUGACUUCAAUUGCGACAAGUUGCAUGUUACAUAGCGCUAGCGCACACGUUGUGAAGCCUUUGGAGAGCAUAAGCACAAAGCGUCGUGCCACUUCAAUACGCCGAUUCAG